GUACAAUUCUCCAUUUAGUUUAGUUUAUGACCUAACGUUCUCUAAAAUUGGAUCCAUGAUCAUCUCCGAGUUAUAGUCGCAUAGAGUGCCAUCCACCUCUACUUCUUAUCUUCAAAUUUCAGCAUUCCUGAUUCCACCAUUAUUAACUUCUUGUAUCGCAUUCGCACAUCAUAUAUACACAUACAGCUACAAACACACAGUCAGCCGUGCGCAACCAAUGACAACAUCAACAUCAACAACAUCCACACGAACGGAAAAGUUCUCUGCAGAUUGGGUUAUAGCAGGCACGGCUGCAAUAGCGGCUAAAUCUUCGGCUGCACCGAUUGAAAGAGUCAAACUUUUAUUGCAAAAUCAAGGAGAAUUGUUAAAAAGAGGGCGUCUUAAAACUCCCUAUAUUGGUGUUUCCGAUUGCUUCAAAAGGGUUUAUCGUGAAGAAGGCGUUCUUGCUUUCUGGAGGGGUAAUCAAGCCAAUGUCAUCCGUUAUUUUCCUACCCAGGCUUUCAACUUUGCAUUCAGAGGGUACUUCAAGAGUAUUUUUGAACGAUCAAAGGAGAGAGAUGGUUACAUUAAAUGGUUUGCUGGAAAUGUGGCUUCAGGUAGUGCUGCUGGAGCAACUACCUCAUUGUUUCUCUAUCAUCUAGAUUAUGCACGUACACGACUCGCCACUGAUGCACAGGGCAGUUCUGUGAAUGGAAAACGACAAUUUAAUGGUUUAGUUGAUGUUUAUGGCAAAACAUUGUCAACUGAUGGGAUUGCAGGGCUUUAUCGAGGUUUUGGGGUAUCAAUUUUCGGAAUCACUCUUUAUCGGGGUUUGUACUUUGGGAUAUAUGACACUUUGAAGCCAUUAAUUUUGGUUGGGCCACUCCAGGAUAACUUUUUUGCUAGCUUUUUUUUGGGUUGGGGGGUGACAACAUUUUCUGGAAUAUGUGCCUAUCCAUUUGACACCUUGCGGCGAAGGAUGAUGCUUACAUCCGGGCAUACAGUGAAGUACCGUAGCACAUUUCAUGCACUACAUGAGAUCAUUCAUCUUGAAGGAUUUUCUGCGCUUUUUCGAGGUGUCACUGCAAAUAUCCUUUUGGGUGUAGCUGGGGCUGGAGUGCUAGCAGGCUAUGAUAAGUUGCAUCACAUUGCUUAUAGACAUGGAUAUAGGUUUGAGCCCUAUCGUAAGGUUUGAAUUUGAAGUGUAUAGAUUGUUGCUAGUUGCAACUGUACAAAUGCCUACCAUUUUUUAUGAUCGUCAUUUUUUAGAAACAGAUUUCAAUUGUUGGAAAUAAUGAUCAAAUCAAAGUAUAGGAAAUAUUAACCUAUGUUCAUUAUUAAGGCUUACAUAUAAAGGCUUCCUCAACUGCAUCCUAUGUAUAUAGUUUCACAUUUUGACCUGAUUAUAUCAAUAAAGUUUAUUCUUCUUUACGA